ACCCGAGAAAGAGACGAGAAAAAGCAGGGGGAAUUCCUGCCCAAAGUUGCACGCUUUUGCAUGUAAAAACCAAUAAGUUUUCAAUUUCAAAGCUUUGAUCGUUUUGAUUUCACAUCUUGCCCAAGCUGUAAAUCAGCGAUACGACUUUAGCGACCACAAUUCCACCAACCUUUGCAGUAAUGGCUUUUGCCGCUCUCGUUUUCCACCACCUCCUUCUCCCCACCACAACCACGUUUACCACCUCUCUUUGUAUCUCUUUCUUUAUUUACUCUCUAAUCGAUUUCUCUCUUCUUUUCGCCUCUCCGAGACAGACCUUCAUACCCAAUAGCCAUCCGCCCAGAGACAGCUAAUUAACUAAGCAUGGGCUAUCUCUCUUGCAAUGCUGAGUCCGCCAUAGCCAUCUGCGACUCCUACUAUUCCGCUGUCAAGAACAGACCAAGAACCCGAACUCGCAAACACAGUAAGGCGGUGCAAAUCAGACAGUUUUUGUACGCCGAGUUAGUUGCCGCCACCGAUGGCUUCUCAGCGGAGAGCUUCUUAGGCAAAGGCAGCCAUGGGAGUGUCUAUAAAGCCGUCCUCGACGAUGGCAAGCUCGUCGCUGCUGUCAAAAGGACGAAGCUUCUUAAUCCCUCAACAACAACGACAAGCUUCCAAAAUCAUCAGUACCACAACAGCAACUGCACCAAUUGUUGCAACUGUACCAGCCCCGCAGAGAACGAGAUUGAGAUACUCUCCAGGGUACAACACCCUCGGCUUGUGAACUUGUUGGGAUUCUGUUCUGACUCCAGCAACAGGAAACUGCUUGUCGUCGAGUACAUGCCAAACGGUUCCCUCUACGAUCUCUUACACUCGACUUCCAUAUCACCGCCAGGUUGGACACGGCGGGUGCGGUUCGCGGUUCAGAUAGCAAAAGCGGUCCUGGCGCUACACUCGUCGAAUCCUCCGGUUAUUCACCGAGACAUAAAGUCCUCGAACGUCUUAAUCGAUGAGAACAGGAACGCGAGGUUGGGAGAUUUCGGAUUGGCCCUGAGGGGACACGUGGAAGACGUGCGGAUAAAGUGCACUCCUCCGGCGGGAACUUUAGGGUACCUCGACCCUGGCUAUCUAGCGCCGGGAGAUCUGAGCACCAAGAGCGACGUGUUCAGCUUUGGGAUCUUGCUUUUGGAGAUCAUCAGCGGCAGGCACGCCAUCGAUGUUAAUUACAGUCCGCCAUCGGUGGUUGACUGGGCCGUGCCGUUGAUUAAGCACGGCGAUUUCUCCGGGAUCUGUGACUACCGGAUCAGUUCUCCGUCUGAUCUAGCGGUGAUCCGACAUCUUGGGGUGCUCGCCGCCAGGUGCGUUCGAUCAAGCGCGGAAAAACGUCCGGAUAUGGCGGAGGUUGUGGAGUGCUUGAAAAUCGUCGCCAAGAAGGUCCACACGCCGCCGAUCUGGAAAAACUUGAGGCAACGAGUGACGUGCGUCGACAGCACUCGAUCGUCGACGAAGUGGGAAACAUACGACAGGAGUACUGAAGAUGUUGUGAAGGUUACGAAACUCGGAAGUAGACGAAACAGGAAAGUAUCCAGUGUUCCAGGUGCAGAUUAUGGGAGUGAACCUACCAGUUCGGUCGGCGACCGAAUGGUUAGAUCGAAAUCGGUGGGUUAUUACAGCGAAACAAAAGCGGGGUCGGAUUCAAACUUGAGCGCAAAUCGACGUGUGUCGAAUAGAAGGAAGCCAGGAAUGGCAGUGAAAAUGCCAGUGGUGAAGCUGAGCAAAUCAAGGUCCAUGGGAGUCUUGCAAAGUCCCCGCCUCGUACAGUACAUCAAGAAUGGAGGCUUUUUGUUUGAGUUUGGGGGGAAUAAUCCUCGGACUUCUACAGGAAUCGACAUGUCCAAGUUGUUGAUUGGUUUGGACGAGGAGUCCGAAAACAUCAUGCUCGAGAAACCAUUGGUUUCAACUUUCCAUAUAAUAUAAAUGCACUCAAGAAUUGAUGAUCAGAAUUUACAACUCCCAUACGAACUAUCUCAAUCGUUUCGUUGUAAUAGCAAGAGUAAGUUGUCUCGACGUCGCUGCACUGCAAAUGGUGUCAUGUCUUACAGGCGAGUCGAGGUCGAUCCAACUUGCUUUUUAAUAAAAUGUAUACGUUUUUUUUUAUACUA